AUGGCUUGGAAUGGAGGAGUGAACUCAGUGGGAUACUCAUGGCGGUCCUCACGAUGGUUCAUUAUCACUUGCAUCGCCAUCGCGCUAUUCUCAACAAACUUCCUCUACAGCUAUAUUGUUCCCAUUCUCCCGGUCAUGAUCAGGGACCGUCUUCACAUCGGUGAAUCCCACGCCCAGUCUACCACAUCCCUGAUUCUCUCGGUCCAUGCCUUUGUGGGACUCAUCACUAGUCUUCCGAUUGGUUAUAUUGCGGACAGAAUUCCAAGCCGACAAGCCUCUUUCCUAGCUGCUCUUUCCGCAGAAGCCAUAGGAACAAUUUUGGUCAUGAUCUCAACCAACGUGCCUGUACUUCUCAUCGGACGAUCAAUACAAGCUAUCGGCGGCAAUGGAGCAUGGAUUGUUGGACUCGCAACCGUCGCUGAUACGGUCGGACAGGAAAACACAGGGAAAGUACUCGGAGGCGUUUCCUCGUUUUUCAACUCCGGCCUCCUUGUUGGCCCCAUGCUCUCCGGUACUCUCUUGCAGCUCUUCGGAUACUGGCCUACUUGGAUUGCCGCUCUUGCGGUACUGGUCAUUGAUAUUCUCAUGCGGGUUGUCAUGAUCGAAGACCGAUCUAAAGACAAUACAGGGGAGGUGUCUACCGAAGCUUCGGAAGAUGAUGUCGAGUCUAGGACAAUACCCGAGCAGGACGUCAAUGAACGAACUUCGCUAAUUUCCCCAUCCCAGGAUGCCGUGGGCUCGAAGGUUGAAGAUGUCCUCGUCGAGAAUUUCUAUAAGGCUGUUUUAACCAACCCACGCGCAAUUACUGGCUUGCUUUGCCACUUCACUGCUGCUUUUAUCCUAGUCACUUUCGACACUACACUACCGCUUCACGUCACUACGGAGUUCGGAUGGGGACCUGCAGAGGUCAGUCUUUCGUUUCUGAUUCUCCAGUUGCCUUCUCUGGUAUUUAGUACCUUUACUGGUAUUCUUAAAGAUAGAGUAGGCACUAGAGUUCCCACGGCUCUCGGAUUCAUCUCAAGUGCUGUUUUUCUCGCUCUGGUUGGCUUGCCCGAUCAUAGUAGCGGGUACACAGGGCGUGUCAUCUACAUGGUGGCCAUUGCCGGCAUUGGGAUUGGAUGGACAUUAACUGCUGGAUGUGGUAUUAUUGAAAUAACACAUGUAAUGAAGAAGUUUGAGGAGGAGCGCCCUGGUCGAUUUGGUCCCAACAGUAAAUUGUCUUCUGGAUAUUCCAUCUGCAAGAUAUGCUUCACUCUUGGCACGCUGUUAGGGCCCGUUGUAACCGGCUUCAUGACGAAUACUCUGGGAUAUUCCUAUAUGAGUUACAUUGUGGGAAUAUUUUCCUUGGUCGUCGGUAUUAUUGCAGCGAUCUUCCUAGGAAGAUAA